UGAAGUCUUACUGAAGGCAUUAAAUCUGGCGGGAACUUCUGUAUGUACGUUACAAAGAUAUCAUUUGGACGUCACACCAUUUUACUUGAGGGGAAACAAAGGUGAACCACGUUGUCCGAUGUCAGUGCAAUUAGACGAACUAUCCCGUCCCCCAAUCCUCCAUGGUAACCUUACUCAAACUAACAAUUACGAUAAUGGGAAUCCCCUUAAAAGUGAAGACAGCCGACAGUCUAUUGAAGUUGCUGAGUAUCUAUUAGAUAAGAAAUUUUUCCUAUCAGCUCUUGAAUAUUAUUUUGAACAGUUGGAACGUGGCAAAAGUAUAAAAGUUUUGCAUGAAUUUUUCACUAGUCCAAAUUUUGUUGAUAAUUUGAAUUUAUCUACGGAGUUGUCUAGUUUGGGCAAAUACCCAAGUCUGUCAUCUUUGGACUCAUCGGAUAUUGGUAGAAUUUCAGAUGAUGGAAAUACUUUGGAGGAGAAAUUGAAAGUGCUUGAAUAUGAAUUACGUAAAAAGAAUGAUGAGAUAAGCACAUUGCGGAAUGAAUUGACAAAUCUAGUAGCCUGUGGAUUCAAAGGCGAUGCUCAAUUGUCACAAGCUUCAGAUUCUAAUUUGGCCACACAUUUUUGGCAUAAUUUCAAUAGUGGUACACAGAAGACAUUACCUCAUGAACUGCGUGCAAUAUCAUUUUUAAUUAAUGAAUAUUUUCUUGAACAAAAUUAUCGUCUUACAGCGAUUCAAUUCGCUGAGGAAGUCGAAGAACACGGUCUACCCAGUUUGGAAUCAUGGCAUGAAGUUGCAAUAAACUUACGUAAACCUCCAAGCUUGCUAUCACUACUCAGAUCCUACUGGUAUCCAUCGGUCGCUCAGUCGUCAUCGCAGGUCUGUUCAAAUCGAACAGAAGUACCAAGCCGUAGUCUUUCUGAGGCAUCUGUUCAAACUGAAUGCGAGAAAAAUGUAUAUACUGUUACUGUCGGUUUUGGUGAUCACUUUUCAUCAGAACUUGAAACAAAAAAUGAAGAAAUUUUAUCUUUAAAAUCAAAAAUCAAUCAUUUAGAACAGCAAUAUUCAACUGCUUCUCAAAAUGCCAAGGAUAUGCAUAAUCAACUUAUCUGCCUUAGACGUGAACAUGUUGAAAUGAUGAAUAAAUCAUUGUUAACCAAAGGUUGUUCUACUAACAAGGAGAACAGUGAUAAUACGGUGGAAGUAAACGAAUCAACCGAUGCUUGUAAUGAAUCAAGUCCAAAUGACAGUGAUAAUGUUUCAUUUUCACCCAAAAUAUGCAAUUUUCCUGAUAGAACUAGAAAAUCUUGCCGUAACCUGUCCAAGGAAUUUUCCAAGUACAUUACCCAUCUUUUACCUGAUAAUGAUAUAAUGCUGAAGAAAUCAAUGAAAAUUUUCAUCUAACUGAUUCAUUGGAUGAAUUUGUAAUAUUUUUAGCUCAGUAUGUCGAGAAGAUUUUAACGUAUUUGGUUGAUAAAGGCAAACUG